AUGGCCUCCUCUUCGAAUUACUCCCUUGCAAGCACAAUCAAGCUUAACAAUGGCCUCGAGAUGCCGCGCAUCCACCUCGGCGUCUACAUGACCUCGGGAAGCGAGACUAGCAGAGCCGUAACCCACGCGCUCUCAGCCGGAUACCGCGCCUUCGACUCCGCAGAAUGGUACGUCAAUGAGCGGGAAGUGGGAUCCGCCAUCAAUUCAUAUCUCUCUUCUUCUGCCAACGACGGUCUUGGACUGCAAAGACAGGAGGUCUGGUUCACGACGAAGCUGAAGACGAAUUCGAGCUAUGAUGCGACGACGAAGGCGAUUAAGAGGAGUCUGGAGAGGAGCAAGCUCGCGUAUUUGGAUCUCUAUCUUUUGCACAGUCCAUAUGGAGGGAAGGAGAAGAGAUUGGAGUGUUGGAGGGCGGUGGAGGAUGCGAUUGAGGAGGGUGUCGUGCGGGCAGGGGGAGUUAGUAAUUUUGGGGUUAGACACUUGCAAGAACUGCUCGAUUCCAAGCCUCGAAUCAUACCCGCAGUCAACCAAAUCGAAGUCCACCCUUUCAACACCCAACCUGACAUCACUUCUUUCUGCCGCGAGCACAACAUUGUGGUUGAAGCAUAUGCGCCGCUUGCAAGGGCGCUCAGGAUGAAGCAUCCUAAAAUCGUGGAGUUGAGUAGGAAGUAUAAAUGCGAGCCUGCACAGUUGAUGGUAAGGUGGAGUCUGCAGAAGGGGUACGUGCCAUUGCCGAAGAGUGUGCAGAAGGGUAGGAUCGUUAGCAAUGCGAAGGUCGAGGGGUUCGAAAUCGAGGAGGGGGAUAUGGAGGCUUUGGAUGGGCUGGAUGAGCACUUGGUGACGGAUUGGGAUCCUACUGGUGCUGACUGA